UUGAGCCACAGACCACGCGCGCCCCCGCCAAGCCCCGGCCGACAAGGCAACACACGGAGAGUGACGCGGAAGGCACGCGCGCACACGGGCACGCGCGCCGGUCCCCAACACGAAGAAAGAGCGACGGACCGCCAGCCCGGCCCGGCGGGACCCUCCCCCGACACGGAGGGGGGAGGCGCGGGCCGCGGCCAUUAGGGCCGAAAGAGCAGCGCCCCGGUCCCCACCGCGGGGACCGGCAGACCCACCAGCACGCCUACGCUUCCCCCCAACAGAAGGGGCAAACGGGGCGCACGGGUGGGGUACGCCACCCAACGCACUCAGCACAGGAGGGACGGCGGCCGGGGGAUAACGGUACCCCGUCAGAAGGCACGCCCCUCUCUCGGAUCGCUAGAGAAGGCAUUCCUCACCGAAGGUGGGCCACUCCCCCACCCCAACCGCCCCCGCCGGGCCGGCAGGAGGCAACCAAGGGAGCGCCCCCCAGACCGAUCGCGCGAGGGGUCUGCGGUAUAGGCAAGAAACGGCCCCUCGAGCACCCGCGGCCAGGGCCAGCGCAGGCUGCGCUCGUUACCAAUCCCGUUCCCACAGCCCCUGGGCGCCCGCGCUCCUCAGGCCCCGGAAGCGCACGGGUACGCGACAAACGGGGAGCGGGACCGGACCACACCGCGACCGCUCGACACACCUGGCACACACCACCCCACGGGGGCAGGGUGGCAAGCGCGCAGGCAUGCGCCCACCAAGCCGAUACCCCACACACACGUGGGGACGACGGCACGACACCGGCAGCCUCCCUCCAAGCGAGGCGAAGCACACACGUGUCUCCUUCUCUUACCGCCUCGACCCCCCCAAGACUCCCAAGGGGCACAGGCAGCAGCGACACCCGGGAGAGGGCGCUGGGGGGACAGGAGCAACACCACCACUCGGCUUCAGGCACCUGAGGCACAACCUGGACCACUCCAGGGGCACCGCACAGGCUCGCGCGGAGGCAGGGCGACGGCGAGCGAUGCCCCGCCACGUCACAGGACCCCGACCCCCCGCCAUCGCCACGAGGCAGAAGGCGGGAGAGCGGAGGUCGGGCCGGUUUCCGCACCCCUGCCGCCCACACACCACCCACAGGUGGGGAAGGCAGAACGAGGGGCCUGCAGGCCAGGAGAAGCUCAGCAACCUUGGCCAUGAACGGCCGUCCCUCGUCUGGAGCGGCUUAAUUCCGGCCCUGGAAGCGCCACAGCACCACAUCCAUCGUUCAGAAACUCAUCCUGUGAGAGAGAGUGGAGUCUUGGUCCUGGAUUCCCCACCUCUUUAUGCUGUAGCAUUGACCUUGCAGUUUGAACAUGAAGUUUGGAGGGACAUGGACAGUUCUCACCACUAGGCCUGCUCUGCAUGA